AUGACGGAAACACAGGUGGAGGUGGAAAUUAGUUACUGUGGCCUAAGCCAUGCAGACGUUCAUAUGCGCGACAACGACUGGGGAGUCUCAGACUUCCCCCUGGUUGUGGGCCAUGAGGGCUAUGGGACCGUUAUCAAGCUGGGAAGUAAAGUCCAGAGCCUCAAAGCAGGCGACCAGGUGGGGAUCGGUUGGAUUCGAGACUCCUGCAGACUCUGUAGUGCUUGUUGCGAAGGUGCGGAAAACCUGUGCGAGACGGGCUACCAAGGCACCUUCCUUGGAAGCUCAGCAGGCCCCUUCGGUAAGGCACCAAGCAAUGAGUUUGGCGGCUGUUUCUCAAGGGUCAUGCGCGUCGAAGAGGCUUUUGCAUUCUUGCUUCCAGCUCAUCUACCGCCAGAACUGGCGUGCACUUUGAUGGGCGCAGGUUGCGCGAUGUACGAGCCCCUGUGCACAUGGGUGAAGCCGGGGUCCAGCGUAGGCAUCGGGAGCCUGGGUGGGCUUGGCACGUUGGGAGUACAGCUGGCCAAGAAGAUGGGUGCAAAGGUCACCGUCUUCAGUCGAGACGCUGCAAAGCGCCAGGCAGCCAUGGAACUCGGGGCAGAUGGCUUCGUGGAUCUUACCAGCUCCCACUCCAUGCUAAGGGCUGAGAACAGCGUGGAUGUCUUCAUAGACACAUGCCCCAGGGACAGUGGUUGCGACUUCCUGAGGCUCUGCAAGAUCAACGGAACCUUGGUGCGAGUCGGGAUCCCUUCUGCUGACCAGGCAGGACUCCAAACAAGCUGGCACCCCUUGAUUUUCACUUCCAAGAAGGUGGCUGGCUCCAUUGCUUGUGGCAGCAUAAGGACGAAGGAGAUGCUUCACCUCGUGUCCAGCAACUUGGAUUUUUUCUGCCGGCCUUCGUCAUGGACAGCUUGCAAGAUCAUGCCGUUCUCAGAAGUGAACGAAGCAAUGAAACAGCUGCAGGAACAGCAGGUUGAAUCGUUCCGCAUUGUUCUGAAGUGGUAG